AUGGCUGAUCUCAACCAAACCCCACCCCAACCAUACAGACCCACCGCCACCUCAUCACCACCCGUCUUUCUAAGAAAGCUUCAAAACAACCUUCACACACCAAACUCAACACAUCUCGCUGCCAUCUUAACCCUCCUCGUUACCGGAUCCACUUUCCUCCUCCUCACAAGCUUAACCGUAGCUGGUACCGUUCUCUCUCUCAUCUUCUUCUCACCCUUGAUCAUCCUUUCCAGCCCGAUAUGGGUCCCGGCCGGUACUUUUUUCUUCCUCCUAACCGCUGGACUCUUGUCAAUCUGUGGCUUUGGCCUCAUCGCUGUGGUUGCUUCCUCUUGGUUGUACCGUUACUUUAGAGGUCUUCACCCGCCCGGUUCGGACCGGGUUGAUUACGCUAGACACCGGAUUUAUGAUACGGCUGCACAUGUUAAAGAUUAUGCAAAAGAAUAUGGCGGGUAUUUGCAGAGUAAGGUCAAGGAUGCAGCGCCUGGUGCUUGA